AAGACUUUAAAGUAAUUGCACAGGGGUCUUUAGCCAUGGUAGUUGAUUAGAUAAAGCAUUGUAUAGUGAGUGACUGAGCGCUUGAAUUCCCUUCCAGAUAUGUGUGAGAGUGUUCAAGGUCAGUUUGUUCAUCGGUCAAGGGCAACAGAAUCGUCUCAGUAGGAGAGAUGUUCCGCCUCUCCCCAAUCAUCAUUCUCUUCCCCAAGUCCACCUGGCCCUACCUCCCUUUCUGGAAACAGUUUGUGGCUGUCUGGGAUCACCUCUUCAAAGUUGCGGCGGAGCAGGUGCUUCAGAAGAUGGAGGAGAUUGAGCAGAAGGUUAAUCUGGGCCAGCCGGUGGAGGGAGAGUACCUCACACACCUCCUGGUCAGUGAACAGAUGUCUGUCACUGAGAUACUGGGGUCCAUCGCUGAGCUACUGCUGGCUGGGAUCGAUACGGUGAGACAUCCAACACCAUCUCGUGGUCUCUGUACCACAUGGCCCUGGAGCCAGAGAUCUAGGAGAAGCUGUACCAGGAAGUGAUCAGUGUCUGCCCAGGGGACAAGGUACCUACUAGUGAUGACAUCAUUAGAAUGCCCUGGCUCAAGGCUGUUGUCAGGGAGACACUACAGAUGUACCCAGGAGUACCAGGAAACGCACGCAUCAAUGUGGAAAAUGACAUGGUUGUGGGGGAGCACCUCUAACCCAAAAAUGUGACUUACACUUCUACCAUCUUGUACUGUUGGAAAUGUUUUCUAUUGGUAAACUUAAGUACUUUUAUUUUCAUCCUGUGUGUGGAGAUACAAUCACACUUGUAUAUCCAGAGAUAUACAUUACCUUUCGCCCUUAACUUCUGUAUUUUAAUUCAUUAAAAUCCAAGGUAGACUUUUGGUUUGUUGAUAUUGCUCACACCAAACAGUAUACCACUGAUCAGAGUUAGAGCAGCUGUAU